AUCAUGGGGAGUUUUUUUCCUCUCUCUCUCUCCUCUCACCUCUAUCCUUGAGAGAGAGAGAGCACUUUUUCUCCCUUGUGUAAAUUUUCCGAUCAAUAUCGGAAGUUUUCUUCCGUUUAAACGGAUAAUAAUCUCUGGCUUUGUCCGGUAAUAAAAUUUCGAUCGGAUUCCUUUUACUUAAUGGUUUAAGUAAAGGGUUUUUCUGUUCGAAGUUGUCUUCUACAGAGCUAUAACUCCUCUUACAUGAGGCAGAGAUGAUGGUGAAUUUCUUCCCCAAUUUUGGUAUUGUCUUCUCUUGACUGGAGAUAUUUUCUCCUAAAAUAUCCUAUUAAAGUGCCUUAGUUAAGGCGAAGGGUACUGGGUCUUGAGCUAAAGACGAUCGGAGGCUUCCUUCUAGUGGUUAAAGAAUGUUUGACCAUCUGGAAUUUUGUUGGAUUUCUGUAGAAGACUUUACAUGAAGGUUUUGACAAGGAUGAUGGAAAUCUGGCGAAUUUCACAGUUCAACGGAUCUUUGAUUUUCCCGGCGGAGCAAUGUUCCAGAGACGUUCUCGACGGUGCUUCUCCGCAACAUCCUUAAUUUCAGCCUAAGCCUUACACGUGUAACACACGUGGUUUAUUUGUACACAUCGUUAUCUCUUUAAUUUAAUGGGUAUAUGUUGGGCUUAAAUGUAAGGGCUUUGGGUUUAAACCUCAUGUAAUUUGCCCUAAUGGGUUUGAUGAAAUUAAAAGACGACAAAAAAAAAAUAAUAAUAAUGGCAGAAUCAUAAACACUGAUACAGUCAUAUAGCUCAAAACUCUUCUGAAAAAUCUGAGCGAAAAAACGUUCUGGCGGUAAAAUAAAAAGGGGAUUAGGGUUUUAUCCGCAUAUCCUCUCUGUUAACACUUUCGAAAACCCAGACUUCUCUGCAGAUUCCGAUAACCAUGGUGAAAGAGACGAACGCCGGUCAAGCAUCCGUCGUCGGAGAAGCGUCGAGCAGCCGCCAAAAGAGGCCACGGCUUCCUUCCACGAUUGAAGAUGAAGUGGAACGCGUAGAAGAAGAACAAGGCGGGAAUGGCGGAGGAACGGCGAGUGUAAAUCGGAAUGUAGACGGUGAUGAGGUGAUAACGACGACGGAGGUGCGGUCGGGGACGCUGUUCAAUUUGAAUCUUCUGGAUUGUCCCAUUUGCUGUCACGCACUGACGAGUGAUAUCUUUCAGUGUGACAAUGGACAUAUAGCUUGCUCGUCUUGCUGUACUAAACUGAGGAACAAAUGCCCUUUCUGCACUUUUCCCAUUGGUAACUAUCGAUGCAGAGCAAUGGAGAGAAUUGUAGAAGCAAUCAUGGUCCCGUGCCCAAACGCCAAACAUGGCUGCACCGAGAAGCUCUCUUAUGGCAAAGAAUUAGUCCAUGUUAAGGAAUGCAGUUUCUCUCUGUGCUAUUGUCCUGCACCAAACUGCAACUACAGUGGUGUGUACAAGGAUAUCUACAGUCACUACGAUGCUAACCACAGGAACAUAUGGCAUCAGUUCAUUUGUGGCUGUUCCAGAAGCGCAUGUGUGAGGAUAAGCGGAGGCAGUUUGGUCCUUCAGGAACGUAGAGGUGGUCCAUUGGUUGUAGUUCAGAGUUUCAAAGAGCCACAAGGAGUGUAUGUGACUGUGAACUGUAUAGCACCAUCUGCUCCAGGAGUUGGGAAGUUCUCCUAUGAUCUCACCUACUCGAUUGGAGUUAACUCUAUGACGUUUGGAUCGCGAGAGAUGAAUAGGGUUCAGAAAGUGAGCUUCCAAACUCCUGAAAAGGACUUUAUGUUAAUUCCUCACUAUUUUCAGAGUCACUGUGGCUAUGAUGUGUUGAAGACUUUAGAAAUUCGCAUCCAACGGCCAGCAGAAGAAGAAGAAGAGGACGAAGAGGAAGAAGAAGAAGAAGAAGAGGACGAAGAGGAAGAAGAAGAAGAGGACGAAGAGGAAGAAGAGGAAGAAGAAGAAGAGGACGAAGAGGAAGAAGAGGCUGAAGAACAUGAUGAAAUUGUUCGCAGGUCAACUCGUGAGAAGAAGGCUAACUCCAAGUAUCAAGACAAAGUCAAGUAACCAAAGUAUUUCUCGUUUUAAUUUCUUUUAAUUGCAAGUAAUGUCAAUACUGGUUUCCUGAUGAAAUAAAGGAGGAUUCAUAG